CCGCCUGCCGACUUGGAAAGCUAAUCGGUACCGACCGACAAACAAACAUUGUUCAUCGUUCCGCCGCCGAGCUCCCCGACACCAACCUUCUUCCUUCUACUUUACGUACAGCACUAGUAUACCAAGCAAGAAAACCGAGCAUCCGAUAUUCUGAUAGCUUACUUUGACUAUUACUCCGAAAAACUCAACUCAACUCAACUCACCAUGGCCACCGUUGAGACUAGCCCGAACGCGGUUCACUCCCCUCCCGGCCCUGGAGCUAAGCGUCCCAGAGGCAUCUUGAAGAACUCGUUCCAGCGCUCCCCGCCCACUUCGCCCACCAGGGAGGUCGACGAUAAAGAGCUCGUUAUCCAAAACACUCAAGCGAACGCCGGCCACCGGCGCUCCUCCUCCACCGCCUCGCGCCCCGCAGGCUCCCGCCGUCAAUCUAGUCGCACCCCCUCUACAUCCGCCGAUGCCGAAGGCGAAGCGGAAGUCGAGGACAACUCGCAGCGUCUGAAAUGGGACGAGGCGAACUUGUACCUGACGGAACAGGACCGCACGUCGACGAUGAAGAUCACGGAACCCAAGACGCCGUACGCAAAGCAUUAUGAGCCGUCCGAGGACGAAGAUGACGACGAAAUGGACGGACGGGAGGACAUCCCGGGUCUGUCUCUGGGCGAGCCCGAGGAGGAUGUUCCCGAGGGCGAGUUCGCGCCCCGCAAGUCGAGCAAGGUCCACGUUAAUGAUGAGGACGCGACGCCGUUGCAUGAUGCGGAGAACGAGUACCUGGGUAUGACGCCCGAGGAGCGCGAGAAGCACCGUCGCUUUGAGGAGCUGAGGAAGAAGCACUAUGAGAUGAGGGAGGCAGUGGGGUUGCUGGGACAUCCUGAAAUUGUAGAUGAGGAUGAGGAGGACCUCGAGGCGCAUGGUGGUGCGCCACCGGUCCCGAAACUGCUUGAUGUUGCUGCUGUCAAUGGCACGAGUUAGGUUUACGAGGCCAUCCUGAGGUUGCCCUUGGAGUCUCUGCCUCCGUAGUGAGGACGGAGAGAUAUCUUCUUAACGGUGAGCGAGGUAUGAGGAAAGGAAAGAAAGAAAUACGAGAUUAUGAAGGGGAAGGAAGGGGAGGGAACGGAUUGAAACGAGAUGCAUCAGAUAAAGGAGUUUUACGGUACUGCACAGAUCGGGGCUGGCGUCUUGCGAGGGAUUUCCGUUGAAACUCAAUUCUGCUUGACGCGGAGAGCUUGCUAUACUGUGCGUGCUCUCGGGGACAAUAAUGCGAUAUACCACUACCUUGACUGUAACAAUGUUUUGAUAUGGGCUUUUAAUAUGCGAAAUCGCGGUGCUGUAUUUUCUCGAUAUUACUCUGUUGUCUCGAUUAGACGGGGAACAUCUUCACCAUGACAGAGUCCUUGUUGAUAUUUCCAUUGUUGCUCUUUAGAACAAUGUCGAUAUGG